CCUGCCAUGGGCCUGGAGCUCUACCUGGACCUGCUGUCCCAACACUGCCGCGCCGUCUACAUCUUCGCCAAGAAGAACGGCAUCCCCUUUGAGCUGCGCUCCGUGGACCUGCGCAAAGGCCAGCACCUCAGUGAUGUCUUUGCCCAGGUGAACCUGCAGCAGAAGGUGCCUGCCUUGAAGGGCAGGGACUUCAUUUUGACCGAGAGUAUGGCCAUCCUGCUCUACCUGGCCCACAAGUAUAGGUCCCUGACCGUUGGUACCCCCAGGACCACACAGGCCUGUGCCCGUGUGGAUGAGUACCUGGCCUGGCAGCACACAACCUUGCAGAGAAACUGCCUCUGGGUCCUGUGGCAUAAGGUGAGGUGCCCCUCCCCAGGUGGGGGCAGUGAGGACAUCACCCCAAAAGGGCUUGGGCAACAUCGCAUUCUUCCUUUCAGUUUGAAUAGCUUCUGUUGACCUGACUUUGACUUCCUAAUCCUUCCUUCUGUUUGCUGGUAAGUGCAUCUAAUACAUUCUUUAUUCGAGAUAUGUAAUUUUCAGUUCUAGAAAUUCCAUUUGGUUCUUUUUAGAGUUUCCACGUCUCUGCUGAAAUUCACCAUUCGCUCACCCACUUGGUCCACCUUUUCUUCUAAAUUCUUUAACAUUUAUAAUAGUUACUUAAAAGUCUGUGAGCUAAUUUCAACCCCUGGGUUCUCUGCGAGUCUGUCUCUAUUGGUUGUUUUUUUAUCCUUCUUGAUUAUGAGCCACAUUUUCCUCUUUCUCUGUAUGUCAUAAUUUAUUAUUAUGUGCUGCACAUUAUGUGUAAAAGGAGAGUAGAGACUGAAUACAUAAUAAAUACCCAAGAAAGGGCUUGCACUUUCCUCUA